AGUUGAGAAAGUGCCAAGGUUGUCCUAUAAUCUCCGUACAUCAUGCCAUGUGUGUAUUUGCCUUUAGACAUGAGUAAAUUAGCUUAAAUGCUAACAUGCUAGCACCUAGCAAGAGGGUUUCAAGUUUAGAAAGUGCCAAGGUUGUCCUAUAACCUCCCUACAUCAUGCCAUGUGUGCAUUUGCCUUUAGACAUGAGUAAAUUAUCUUAAAUGCUAACAUGCUAAUGGCUACCAUGCUCGCACCUAGCUAGAGGGCGUCAAGUUUAGAAAGUGCCAAGGUUGUCCUAUAACCUCCCUACAUCAUGCCAUGUGUGCAUUUGCCUUUAGACAUGAGUAAAUUAUAUUAAAUGCUAACAUGCUAAUGGCUACCAUGCUCGCACCUAGCUAGAGGGCGUCAAGUUUAGAAAGUGCCAAGGUUGUCCUAUAACCUCCCUACAUCAUGCCAUGUGUGUAUUUGCCUUUAGACAUGAGUAAAUUAGCUUAAAUGCUAACAUGCUAAUGGCUAUCAUGCUAGCACCUAGCACAAGAGCCUCAAGUUUAGAAAGUGCCAAGGUUGUCCAAUAACCUCCCUACAUCAUGCCAUGUGUGUAUUUGCCUUUACAUGUGAGUAAAUUAGCUUAAAUGCUAACAUGCUAACAGUCAUCAUGCUAGCACCUAGCAAGAGAGCCUCAAGUUUAGAAAGUGCCAAGGUUGUCCUAUAACCUCCCUACAUCAUGCCAUGUGUGUAUUUGCCUUUAGACAUGAGUAAAUUAGCUUAAAUGCUAACAUGCUAACAGUCGUCAUGCUAGCACCUAGCAAGAGAGCCCGGAGCAUGUGCCCCAAUACAGUGCACCUUGCUGGGCCACGGCAGGCGGCUCCUCCCCUCUAUCCUCUGGUUCUCCUGGCGGUAGUCAUGUCGUAUUUCAUUGGGACUCGCCAAAGGUCCACUCGCCUUCCAAACUGCCCGAUUGCCUUCUUACCUGCAGGUUCCAUCUCCGUAUAAAAGGAGAUCUAAAAGGGUUCUGGUCACUGGUAGCAUGUCCUGACAAGGACAAAGUUAUGGCUUUGGAAGACAAAUAUCACAAGACACGGGUCCUUUCCUCCAAGUUAAAGAAAUGAUAGUAGUUUGUAAACGUCUUUCUCGGGUCGUCUUCUGGUCACAGGUCAGGUAUCUGUGUUGCAUCCAAGUACCUGUCACAUGAAUCAGUGACUUACAAUGAGUACGUACAGUACACGCAGCACCCUUUGUACUGUUUGCACGGUACCAUGUAGUAAGCAAAGGGAACGAAGUACAUUGAACCCAGUUUUUCCUUUCUUGGAACUUGACAAAUAAACUUCAAUUUCUGUCUUUUGACAACUCUGCGUCCUCCAGUACACACAUUGUACUACUCCACGUGUACUGGCCCGUCCCAUGACACACCAUGGCUCGUUUGUUGAAGCGCUGAAAGGAACAAAAAAAGAGAGUUUGUGGCUCCCAUGGCGGCUUUUUAUUGGCCAUUGUAAAUAGUAUUUAUCAUGAAAACUUAUAACCAACAGCAGCAGCAAAAAUGGAAAACUCAGCAGUCAUUUUACAAGAAUAAAGUCAAAAUAUGAAGAGAAAGGUGAAAACAAUAAAAGUAUUUAUGAUGAGAAUGUAAUAUUAUGAGGACAGAUGUUAGCAGUAUGACGAUCAACUGUUAAAGAAGAAAAAUAGUAUUUAUCAUUUUUGGAAUAUGAGGUUGCAGAAAAAGAACAAAGUGAAAACCUGAUGGGAAUAAAUCCAUCAUGACAAUGAUUCCAAACAUGGAAAAAACGUUGUCCUUGGAUGAGGAUAUGUAUUGUGUAUCUAUAUCUGUAUUCGAAAAAGAACAAAAGGUCCGAGAAUAAACUCCUAAUAUGAGGAAAUAUUAUUUAAUUUUAAUCAUUUAAAAUAAUUUUAUUUUGUUGGCAUAUUAAAAAAAAAUCAACAAAAAAAAUUCCCAAAGAAGAAAGUUAAAAUAGUUGGAAAACCUAAAAAAAAAAAAAAAGAAGCAAAAAUGAACUUGCUAUAAAUAACAGGCUUUUCCACCCUGCAGUAUGUGAAAUAACGCGAGUGCUUCCAUUGUUGACUACGUGGACCUGGCUGGACACGCGUGUGCUCGGCCGCGGUGGUCCUGUUUGAUGGCGAAAUGGACGAAGCAACUUCGUGCGAGGCGGUGGAAUAUGAGGUAUGACGCGUUACUGUACGGACGUGCAGGCCAAUGUCUGCAUGGUGGGAUGCGGUCCCGUACCCGGAGGACGAGGAUUGUUCUUCCGAAGCUGCUGUCAGUGUUUGAUCAGCAUGUUCCCCUGAGAGUCCUGCGUGAAAAGAAGCUCCUCUUCCUCCAACGGAGACGUGUAGGCACGGUUGGCUUUCAUCCUCGUGGCGUUGCUGGGAUCAUUAAGUGGACUACGAGCUCGCAGACCUGGGUGUGCCAUCACCCGAAACCCGUCUGAGUCCUGCGUGAACAGCAUGGCCAGCCCGUCCUCCUCAUCGGCGUCACGUCCAUCCUCCCUGUGGGAUCUGGCAGCUUCCAUCCAGCUGUACCUGCCGUGGAUGUUCUCCUCAGUGUUGGGCUCCUGAAUGGGCUUUAGAGGGGACGCGGCUCUGGAAAGACGUGUGGGAUGAGAUGAGGGCCGGCCUGAGGAGUAAGACGGCAACAUGUUUUCUUCCUCCCCCUCAUCCAUCUGAGAGGAGGACAUGUGUUUCUGAGGAGAGCUUUUCCCUUCCACGUCCAUCCCAAAGGAGAAUUCCUUUAGCUCCUCUAACUGCUCCUCUGGGGCCUGGCAGCCGACGGAGUCAGACAUCCUUGAUGCCGCUCUGGCUGCUCUUUCAGUCGACGGAGACGACAAGGUCGUCUUCUCCGACUCCAUCUUCCCUCCUUGAACUGUUGUUAAAAGACAACGUGAGCAUAGAAAAACAUCUGGAAUGGAAACCCUCCCGAGAGGAGACUGCGGGAACGCACUCGGUCGACGAGGUGAGAAGAAGGUGGUUAUGGAGCUCUGCUUGGUCUUCGGCAUCUGGAUCCUGGUCUGGGUGAAGCUGAGCACCACGGCCAGGCUGUACCCCGCACCUUUCCCCUGGGGGUUCAGCAUCUUGGAUAUGGAGCCAGCCUUUUCUCGUUUCUGCUACACAAUGGAGGAAUUAGUGACGUGCCCACCCAGAUCUUCAUGCUCUGAAAUCAAGCCUUACGUUGGAUAGGCAAUGUUUGUCUGCUCAAACGUAAACGCAUCGUGUGUAAAUUGGGAGUACAGUUUUCAUUCUUUAAGUACCGUAGUUCGGAAUAAUUCAGCAUUUAUUUGAAAGGUGUUCUUAUUCAGCCGCACGGUGGAUGAGUGGUUCACAUGCUGCCCGCACAGUCAGAAGAUGGGGAAGACCUGGGUUGGAUCUCUGUGGAGUUUCCCUGUUCGUGCAUGGCUUUCCGCCCCCAUUCCAAGAACAUGUUAGCAUGUUAGCUUCAUUGGCCACUCCAAAAUUGUCCAUAGGUAUGAAUGUGAGUGUGAAUGGUUGUUUGUCUAUAUGUGCCCUGGGAUUGGCUGGCCACCAGUCCAGGGUGGACCCCACAUCGUGCCCGAAGUCAGCUGGGAUAGGCUCCAGCAUACCCCCACCACCCUAAUGAGAAUAAGUGGUAUAUAAAAUUGAUGGAUGGAUGACAUUGUCAUUGAUUUGACAAUGACAAUACAUUCAUUAAAUGUCUUGUAUUCUUUUAGCGCACCACUUUGUAAAACGACCCAAAUCUGCAAAGUAUCGGCCUGAAUUUGACUCAGUAUCGGAAUGAAAAUGGCUUACCUUCAUGGCUUUCCCUUUCAUCUGCACAGUGUCCAGCCAAACACCACAUUCCUCUGAAGCACAGGCGGAACGCACUGCCUUCGGUGUCUUCUUCAUGAAUGCUGGACUUGACCAAGUACACCUAACUAGAGCACACUUUUUAAAACUAGUUCGUAAACAAUGACAAAUUAAUCUCGUACAAACCGCGCAUUAGUAUGGCAUACUUCCUUAAAGACUGUUUUAGUAUGAAUAUAGUUGAACAAUAUUUCGCUCGAUGUUCCGUCCGCUUUUUGCUUUCCAGUUUGAGUCUGGCGCCUCGACGGCAGGCUGUCUGUGGCGCGCGCCUGUUUAAAAUGUAAACCUCGCUGAAAUACAACCGUACACUCAUUUAUAAAACGGCUUUGAAUGUAUGCGCCUUGAAGACCACAAUUCUGUUUCAGUCGUUUGGUGAUAUUAACUUAAAAAUGUAUGAUACAUUUUAUGUCAGGCGCGUCGGGCGCACCUUUGCAUAUACUCACAGGAGGGUGUGUUUACACUGACGUCAUAGCUGAUCGGCACUAAAGAAUAAGAUCACAGAUUACACAUCAUGUUUCAUGGCAUACCAGUGACAGGGAGUGUGGGAGGAGCAGCUCCAGCCAACAAGCCUGAGUUGUAUGAGGAGGUGAAAUUAUACAAAAAUGCCAGAGAAAGAGAAAAGUAUGACAACAUGGCUGAGUUGUUUGCCGUGGUGAAGACCCUGCAGGCCCUGGAGAAGGCUUACAUCAAAGACUGUGUAACACCCAAUGAGUACACGGGAUCAUGUUCCAGACUCCUGGUCCAGUACAAGGCCGCCUUCAAGCAGGUGCAGGGGGCUGACGUGGGGUCCAUCGAUGACUUCUGCCGCAAAUACAGACUGGACUGCCCGCUGGCCAUGGAGAGGAUUAAGGAGGACCGGCCAAUCACCAUCAAGGAUGACAAGGGCAACUUGAACCGCUGCAUUGCAGAUAUAGUUUCUCUCUUCAUCACCGUGAUGGACAAGCUGAGGCUGGAGAUACGAGCCAUGGAUGAGAUCCAACCGGACCUGCGGGAGCUGAUGGAGACCAUGAACAGGAUGAGCAACAUGCCUCCAGACUCAGAAGCCAAGGACAAAGUCAGCCUGUGGUUGAGCACCCUGAGCAGCAUGUCGGCCUCAGACGAGCUGGACGACAGCCAGGUGCGGCAGAUGCUGUUUGACCUGGAGUCGGCCUACAACGCCUUCAACCGCUUCCUGCACUCCUCCUGAGCCGCCUUCCGUGUCUCCUCCCCCCUUGCGUCCUUGCACUGGGACAGUAACACCUCAGGUUAGCUCCAAUCCUGCUUUUACAGGAAGGAAAUAGAAGAUUCCCAUCUUCUUUUUGUGGUUCGUGACGUUCCCGUACUUGUUUUUCCUCUACUAGCAUACUUUGAUGGAAUAACCACGGCUACAUGAUUGAACGCUUUGUACUUUCUCACAUCCUACGGAGAGACCACACAUCUAGUCAACGUUCUUGUACAGAAAUGUUUGAAUAACAACUUGUUUGUCGAAAUAAAAAGCUCAGACGUCA